AGUUUUCUCCUCGUUUAGCAACUUAUAUUUCUAUAAAUCAUUUCUAAAUGUAAGCCGUCAAAAAACUAUUUUUGUUUCAGAAAUUCAGAAUUUGAUUUUAAACAAAGGGGAUUGACAGGUUGUUAUUAGAGCAAAAACUUGAGAAAAGUUCUCAUCAUUGCGCAAUUAAAUUGUAUUAUAAUUAUUUUAAAAGCGUUGUUUAGUUUGUUAUGUAUAUUUUUCCUCGAGUCUUCUAUAGAUUCAACUUCGUAUGGAAAGAGUAAAGGAACGCAAUUGGUUCCUAGCGACUGAAAAUGAAUUAUCGAAUUUCUGAAUUAUUAUAUUAGGAAUAUAGAAAAGAAUAGCCGUAAGUGUAUUGUGUAGGUGCAAAAACACUAAAUUCUGUAGAUAUAAUUCAUUUACUGUGUAUUUUAUACAGUUUUAUUUACUAACAUUUUUUGCUUUAUCGAUGGACUUUAGAAUCGAUAACCCAAUUUAUUUUAAGUUUUGAAUAAGUAUAUUGUCUGUUCGUGCGUUGCAAUAAAAUGCUGCUGUGUUAGGGUUGUGUGGCGGUGUUGUGCUAGUGGUAACCAUGCUUUUUACACCGAUAUAUAUCGCAAUGACCUUUAUAAAGACCUGGCGGAUUCGCUCGUUCAGAGCGCGACUUUUGGAGUUUUUAAAUGGUAACACGAGUGUCGCAUUCUGCAAAGUUCCGGAAAAUGCUGCAGAAACUCCCACUUUAAGUUCAAAAUUGUGCACAAAUCCAAAGAAUGCAUAUCUAUGUGAUUUGUUGGACUACACAAAUGCUACAAGGAUCUGCAGUAUGAAGCCUACCCAGUGUAUUGAGAUCAGUGACUGGGUGUCAUGUGCUGGUGGACUGCCUCUCGGCUCCAGUGAACAGUCUCCCAUCACAGACUUGAAUGUUGAUGUACUGUUUGAAUGUGAGAUGGAUCCCCAUGAAAACACAGGACAAGAUAUCAUAAUGUUGGAGUCUAUGGGGCAGCCAGUAGCGUGGAAGGCCGGCUCUCACUUAGCAAUAGUACUCAAGACUAACAUAGAGCAUCUCAGUGUAAUUGGUUUCAACUUCAUCGGUGGAGAAUUUGUUAUAGACCACUGUCUCCCUGUAGUGAGGAUACAAACUGUUCAGCUAUCAGGAGAACCAAAUAAGGCUUCAGACCCCUCUAUGAGGAGUCUCCGUAGUGACAUUCAGUACAGUUUAAAACAACCAGUGGGACAGUUCCAGUGGCCAGUCCAUGCAGCAUUGCUUAGAAAGCUCUCUAAGGUUGUAGACAUCAAAUCUGACACAAAGAAUACUAUACAAAUGAAUGGUAGCAGUGGAGACCUGGUGCUUGAAGCACCACCUGUGAAAAGAACUGUUACUUUAGCUGACGUCAGUGUAAACACUGGUAAAUCAUUAUCAGGGGAGGACAUAGAAAAGCCUGAGGAAGCAAAGCCAACAGAACCCGCCGAUGCUCUUGAAGACAAAGAAGUAGUAGUUGAAAAUGUUACCGUAGAAAUACAACAUAAUAUAACACCAAAGAAGUCCAGUUUGAAACUCGACUUGAAAAAAGGCACAAGUCAAUUGUCCACUUCUUUAUUAAACAUAUCUAGUCAAAUUAAAUCUGUAACCACUCAUAAGAGGAUAGUUAGUACGACCGGGCCGAAGAGACCGCAGUCUCAGAUAGACUGUUACCCUGUGAGGGAAGAGACGGCCCGGGGCUCGACGUCUCAGCAGAGCACGCCAAAAUCUGUGAAGAGUUCCCGUCCAUUAGUAAAUACAAAGUCACCAAAUGUGUUGAUAUAUUCUGAUAGUUUAGUAGCUAGAGAUAAUUUGGAAGCAUCCCUCAGAAAAGUGUUGGAUUGCGAUAGGUACACGCUGUACGUGGUGUCGCGCAGCGCGCUGGAGGCGGGCGCGUGGCGCGGGCGCGCGGCGCUCGUGGCGGUGGCGGGCUGCGUGGGCCGCGCCGCGCCGCUGCUGCUGGCGCACCUGCUGGCCGGCGGCCGUCUGCUCGCGCUCUGCUCUGACCUGCUGCACUCCGUGCUGCCCUACUAUAAGACUGCCGAGGUUCGUGAAAAUGAAAUAGUACAAUUCAAUUACGACAAAUGGAAUUCAGUGAAGAUGAAACAUCACAUUUUCUGCUACCAAGCGUCGCCCGCCAAGAAACAGUUCUCAACCGAAAGCGACCGACAGCCAUCAAAAUACACGGGGCAUCCCGGGCAUGAGCUGGACAUCCAAGUGUUGGCUUCAGAGGAGACAUGGCGAACACCCUCCCUACUGCAGGCCACAGAUCUCACUAACAGCGGCAUUGCUAUCUUCUCACAGAUACAUUUAGAAGCGGAUCCCAGCGACUACUUAGGCGAGGAAGGCAUAAAAAGCAACGAGGCUCGACUCGGCAUCAUCCACAAAAUACUUGGAGACAUCCUUGGCCUGCACGUCAAGGAGCCACAGGAACUAAACCAGAUCGACUACACCAGAGGAUUCUUCCUAGGAAACCACGUGCACAAGUUGCGCCUGGUGGAGACUUGCCCGGUCUCCGCGGGCGCGCGCCUGCAGCAGCUGGGCGAGCUCACGGUGCAGUGGUGUCUGCGCGGGGAGGAGCCGCAGCAGCCGCCCUCCGCCACCUUCCUGCCCGUGCAUGUGUACGAGUGCCCCGAGCACUUCUCCACCGUCGAGUACUUUGAUAAUCUGACGACGACAAGCCUGGGUCGGCUGGUAGUGUACGCGGACGUGAUGUCGACCACCAUGCACGUGACGAGCGCGCUGCUGGCGCACGGCGUGGGGGCAGUGGCGCGGCGCCAGGCCGCCGGCCGCGGCCGCGCGGGGAACAUGUGGAUAGCGCCGCCCGGCCAGGCUGCUAUGUCGCUGCAGGUGUGGCUAACAAUAUCGCCAUGCUUGCCACUAGUGCAGCACGCGGCGGCGCUUGCUGCCGUGCGAGCGAUACGCUCCCAACCGACGUAUGAACACUUGGACAUCAGAAUAAAGUGGCCCAACGACAUUUACUUCGGACGAGAGGUUAAAAUAGGCGGCACCAUCACCACGGCGAACUGUAUCGGAGAAGAUGUAUACGUCAAUAUAGGUACCGGUGUAAACAUAUCGAACAGCGUCCCGACGACCUGCGUGAACGACAUCAUAACCGACCACAACCGCCAGCACGGCGCCAGCCUCGCGCCGAUGUCCAUCGAGAAGUUCCUCGCGCGCUACUGCUCGCAGCUAGAGAGGAUACUCGAGUACAUGGCCACCGACGGCGGGAUCGACGCCUUCCUAGAACAGUAUUACCAGUACUGGUUGCAUACGGGUGAGGCAAUACGCGUAAAGAGCGAGGCUGACGCUUCCCCCGUGGACGGUACCAUUAAGGGUCUGGACGAGGCGGGCUGGCUCGUGGUGAGCACCGCCAACGGCGACGUGAGGGUCGCGCCCGACGGAAACACCUUCGACAUGAUGAGCGGGCUUGUCGCGCCCAAGCUAUAGCCGGGACACCCCGAGUAGAGGUGACUGGAAACUAGCGAUAUACACUGUGUGGUGUUGGGCAGACAAUUGAAGGUCAAUUUAAACUGAGAGCAGCGGCCGGUAGCGUUUUUAUUGCAAUUUUAAAUCUUAUCUACCUGAGUUAAGAGUUUACAGUCAUUUAAAGGCUAAGGCAGCGAUUCGCCGCGAGGCUCGAUGUGCCUAAGUCGGCCGCUGCGGGCCGCUGCUUUCAGUCGGGGUUGAUCCUAAAAACUUGAGUAUCGUGUCAUAUUGAGAUAUGGCGCUAUAGUUACUAAACUUUAUAGAGGAUAAGACUAAAUGUCACUCGAGAAUAUUUUGUAGGUCGUCCGUCAUAUUUAUAUCUCGUAAAAACAGUAACAUCGACCGUCUCAUACCGAAGUAAAAAAUCGCUUAUAUUUAUCGUAAAUAGGAUUCUCUAGAUACUCUUGUUUGUGAAAAAUGUAAAGAGAAUUAAAAAAGUUAAUAUACGCACAGACUUUGUAUAACGCUAGUUUCUAUAAAAUUGCUGUCUAUGGUGAUAAUAUAAUUAGUGAUAUAUAAUAUUAUGUUACAAGUCUCUGUGGGACAUCAUUGGGAAUAGUUUCGUUAGUGUAGACAUUUGUGAUAUUUUCUCAAAAACUAUUGUUGUUUAUUUAUCUAUAUUUUUACGGUAUAUUUUCGCGCGGAAAAUGGGAAAUUAAGAACUGUAUGCAUAUUAAAAUAAAAGUGUUGUUUAUAAUGUUAAUUAUUAUUUUAAUAUGCGUUAAGUUUAAAAUAACGUGAGGCUAAUCAUAAUAAUUAUGGUGUUCGUACCUGUUGGAACGUAAGUCUCCCACAUCCGUCUUGUUACCCUUGAUUGCCAAUCAAACUUAGUCGAUUCGUACACAAGUAUGUUCUGGAGACUACCCAUACAUCUACAAAAUUAAACGCUGAAUAAGUGGUUGGGCUCCGCUGUCUAUGUGACCGUAAAUUGGUAUCGGCAGCUUGCGUCGCCACAGGUACAAAGAACCUAAGUCGAGUGAUUUAAAAUAAUAAAUAGUUACGCCAUGUUAUUGUUUAAUACUAUAAAGUAUAACAUUUUGUUAAGUUUUAGGAGUAAGGAUCUCCUAAUGUUCACAUUUACAAUAUAUACAAAUUUUAAUUUUCUAUUAAUUAAUCAAUUUGAAAUUCUAACUACUUAAUAAUGAAGGAAUUUACGCGAUGGAAUAUUAUCAAUAUUAGAUUAAGUACGAUACUAUACCUUAUUUCUGAAAGGCUGAUCAAUUUAAUUUCAUGCCUAAACCAAAAAUGGACAACUGUGAUAGGUCGUUAGUUUUGCAGUCAACCAAUCACAUUAAGUCAUUUUUGUUUGACGCAUGACUAACAACGAAUCACAGCUCUUAUCAUGAGAUUUUUGUCUUGAUCAUCGUUUCAGAAAGUGGUUGUAAAUUGUUUAAUGUAGAUAGCCAAAUAUAAUUAUUACCGAGGUACCGGUGUAUCUUAAACUUAGUGUGCGUAGAGGAGUGGGGUACAAAUCUGAAGGAUAUAAGGGAAGUCGGUAACUUAUAAUGAAUGACUCAGCGAGUUCACUAGAUUGCUGAAUAUUAUAUGGUUUCAUUGUAUGUGCUCACCUAAGUAUUCAAUACUUUUGUAUAAGUUAGUCAAAAAAAUACAUGCAGCCUUGUUUUGUAUGCCUGGCGUCAACCGAGGCCAAAAGUAUACAACGGCAUGCUGGACUCUAAAAUACUUUGAUUUUGUCCUUGUCUUUCUCGGGACUUUCAGGACAUACCUAAAAUGUAUUUUGGUGAGCAUUGCAAUGUAAUCAAAUAACUAUUUCUCUUUGGGAUGAUAUACUGCCUUUACAUUCUGUGGCGAUAGGAAAAGUUUUGUUCAAAAGGAAAACUUCAUCUCAAAUGUAUUUAAUUUAAAUAUCAUAUUCACGCAACUAUUGAUAAAAAAAUCCAUGACUUAUACUUAUCUCAUAGAUUAGGUAGAUACUCUGUAUGUACGUGGUAGAAGGAGAAUGGAGAUGUUGGAAGGAGAUUGCCGAUUCUACAACUAUGGAAAUUUAGGCCCAUGUGCAAAAUGUAUGUGCUUGAACUAUUUAGUUUAAUAUCUCUGAAAUGUUGUGAAUUUUAUGUCCAUUAAUUAUUUUUAUAUCUGUAACCUGGAUUAAGAGAAAGUGAAUGACAAUUUGAGUUCAAAAUAAUAAUUAAAAGUUCAGGCCGGCCGGUGCAAGGCAAUCUCCUUCGUAUUGACAGGUUAUAAGAGUUGUAUGACUGUAGCACGUAGUUUGGGUAACAACGCCACUGCCAGUGCUCUUAUAUCGAAUAGUAUAGUUUCUACUUACCCUCGUUGUGUAUGAAUGUGCUGUAAAAUAUCCGUUCAUAGUAUAGAAUGUUAAUAAAGUUUAUACGAAGAACUCGUUGAGGUAACUAUAUUGACGGAUUUUAUCGCGCGUAUCUUCGGACACUGAUAUGCGAAUUUUGUAAGUCCAAAAAAUGACAAACGGCGAGUAUGAACAAAGUCACAAGCACAAGUUGUCUGUCGCGAUAGAAUCCGAUAAAGUAGUUCUUAUUUCAAUGGGCAUAGAGUUGUUUCUAUAUAUUCUAGUUGCGAAAUAGUCGGGUGAUUGGUUAUGUCAAUUACUUUAUGCAUGUGAACCGGUGAAUGGAAAACAUUGGUGAAGGCGUGCGAAGUUGUGUCCGACGUUGAGUCUUUGUAAGAGGUAUAUGCGUUAUUUUACUUACAAUAAUCCUAUACAUUAUACCGCAGUAUAUACAGGUUAAAUUGCUUAGAAAAAAUACUUAAAAAUGAUAUAUUUAUUUAACAAAUGGCCGAAUACUAAAACUUACUCGAUUUUUGAUAAUUUUAAUGCCUAUUAAAUUAUUUUCCUUUCUAUAUUGUUCGCUGAUACGCAUAUUAAGUACAUCUCAAAGCAAAGUUGCGUUUCAAUAUUCGGAAUAAAUGUCAUACAUCAAUAUUUAGUAGGUCAUUUGUUUACGCCAUGUGAUACCUGGAAUAAUAAAUUUAUAACUGUAACUAUGUAUUAUAUUCUGUUCGAAUCUAAAUUUGUCUCGAAUACAUAUAUUACUUUAAAUAAAUUUUGAAUGUAUUGGAAUUGAAAAAUGCUUGAGCAUGCAUAAGUAUGGGUUAAUUAAUUAAGUCAGUUAUGUAAAGCUUUUUAACAUUAAUUACAGUAUUCUUUGUAUUUUAUGAGAAAAAUGUGCCUAAGCAAUGUUAUUGUAUCACAUGCAAUCAAAUUUCUUAGAUAUUAAGUAGCAUUGUAUAAAUAUCGCAUCUUUACAUAAUUGGUGGGUCUUUCUACAUUUUUCGAUGAUUUAAUAAAGUUUUACUAUGUAUAAUAAAUAUCGAAUUAAAUUAACAAAUAUUUCGCUAAAUUUACGAAGUUUAAUAGAACGAAUAUUUUGGAAUUGAAGUUUUGGCUGAGAUACAUAAUUGUGGAAUAGUAUUCUGUCAUAUAUCUGUGUUCAAGAAGGGUGACAUAGUGGUUGCAAUUAAUUAUUAAAGACGCAAAAGUUAACUAUACUAUAGUUUAAAAAUUAAAGUUCAGAGAAAAUCUUAAAGCAUGAUGUUUGUUCAACAGUUAUGUAUCUUGGUCUUACGACCAGUAUUCAUAUCCUAUCCGAAACCAGUUUCAUCGUUACAUUGCCAUAGAGAGCACUCGAAAAGAAAGACCCGUAAAAAAACGAUUUUACGGUUAAAAAUGCGAGGAUAGGGUAUUCAUAUCGGUCGUUACGGCCGGUUGACAUUAUCGUAGAGUUUAGCAGAGUGCAUACCCUAGUAUACUUGCCAGUGCAUGUUUAUAUUUCUUCCAGUUGUGUCAUUUUGCCACCAGCAUAAACAGUUGAGCCAUAAAACCGAUCUUAUUCUGAUAAUACUUAAAGAGCAAGUUUUAAAGCGAGUAGAUUUUCUGAAACACUCCCUAACACUAAGAUAAUGUAGGCCGGCCUUUAUAGAUAGUUGAAGUGAUGUUGUUGCCACGUGGUCACUGAUCUAGUCACUCCUCGCUGUUGUCACGUGACCUUCUGUUGUUUAGAUGUUAUUUAUUGAUAGAGUCUAAAGUGUUACAGUCUCUUGUUACAUUACUCUGGUUGUAUUCAUGUGCUCUAAUAAAUUAUUUCAUUGAUAAGUA